GGCCUUCGUUUUCCCCUAAUUUCUUGGAGCAGUUCAAGCUCUUGUAUUUAUCCGAGUGAGCUUAUAGCUAGAGUCGGACAUAUAAUUUAAUGGAGGGAUAUAGUAACCAGGUGAGCGAAAGCACAGGUUCAAGGCCUAAUUUCUCGUACUCCUUCGCUACAGUUGGAGGCUCAAGUGCGGGAAGCCAUCAUCAGUCGCCCAGAACUACCUUUCAUCUCCAGUCAGGUGGAUCUGAGUGUCAUCAAUCUGUGAAAACCGAAGCCAACACCUCCAAUCACUCUCAGAUUUUCCACCAUCCUUUGAUCAGACAAAGCCUCCAGACUCAUGGAGGCAGCCAAACUUCUGACGAAGUUGAAUCUCUCAAAGCUAAAAUCAUUGCUCAUCCUCACUAUUCUAACCUUCUGGAAGCUUACAUGAACUGCCACAAGGUAGGAGCUCCGCCGGAAGUGGUGGCACGUCUGACUGCGGCAAGGCAAGAGUUCGAGGCACGACAGCGAUCUUCGGUCAGAUCCAGGGAAACUUGCAAGGACCCAGAACUUGACCGAUUUAUGGAAGCUUAUUAUGACAUGCUCGUGAAGUACGGGGAGGAAUUAACAAGGCCAAUUCAAGAGGCAAUGGAUUUCAUACGCAACAUCGAAGCUCAGCUCAAUAUACUUUCUAAUGGACCUGUGCGCAUCUUCCCUGAAGACAAGGGCGACGGUGUGGAUUCAUCUGAAGAGGAUCAAGAUAACAGCGGCGGAGAAGCAGAAAUGGCCGGAAUUGAUCCUCGAGCUGAAGAUCGCGAGCUUAAGAACCACUUGCUAAGAAAGUACAGUGGGUACUUGGGUAGCCUGAAGCAAGAACUUUCAAAGAAAAAGAAGAAAGGAAAGCUGCCUAAAGAUGCCAGGCAAAAGCUUCUGAACUGGUGGGAAUUACACUACAAAUGGCCCUAUCCUUCGGAAUCAGAGAAAGUGGCACUGGCAGAAUCAACGGGGUUGGAUCAGAAGCAAAUAAAUAACUGGUUCAUAAAUCAAAGGAAGCGGCACUGGAAGCCAUCAGAAGACAUGCAAUUUAUGGUGAUGGAAGGCAUGCAUCAACAGAAUCCCGCUUUCUACAUGGACGCCCACUACAUGGCCGAUGCUCGCUACCGUCUAGGACCAUGAUUAUUGCCUGUGCCUUUCCAUAUAACAUAUUUAUUGAAGCACAAGUCUUCGUUUAAUUUGUUGUGCAGUGUGAGAAUACAUGAUAGAGCAGUAAUCUUGUAAUAUGAUAUAUUUUCCAAUGGUUGUCUGCUAUUCUGAGUAUCGGGUACAAACAAUUUGUUCAGAUGUUGUUGGACCCUGGUCUUGAGUGAAGGAUUGCAGGAGAUUAUUGUCAUUGCGUUACGUGUCUGACUAAUGCAAUCGCAGAACGAAGGUGAAAUUCAAUAUUCAACGUUGCGAGGGA